AUGGACACGGCGUGGAGACACAGCAACUCAGCUGCGGCGAGUGGCAGCCAGCUCCAGUCCAUCAGCGGACCCGGCACCACAACCAUGUCAAAAACCACCACCGUUCGCCUUCGAUACAUUUACGAUCCCAAACCUCAGCCUCCCAAGACGCCGGUCCCAAUCCGCCCUCCAGGCCCGAGACCUCCCUCAGUAAACACGGCCCCGAUGCUCAGCUUGUCCAGCCAUCCUCCGACCAAGACCAUCAUGAGGAGACGAGCUCAGUCUCUUUCUACACCUGCGGAGAGGAGGCGGCAGCUCCGGAGCCCGCAGGUUCGCUUUGUGGACUCACUGGGCCUCGAUUUAGAGGAAGUAAAGGUGUUCAAAGUCAAAGAGCGACCCCUGAUACCCCAACAUGUUAUGUUCAGACUCCUGAUGAGCUCCGAGAUGGCCUUCGGCAAGUCUUUGGAGCUGUCCCUGCCUCACUUUAAACCCUGUUUCCCUGAGAACAUGGGAGCCCAGCCGGACUUCCUGAAGCGCGUGUACACACAGUGCGUGUGCCUGGAGCGGGUCGUGUGCACGGAUCUGGGGAUAACCGGCACCAUACAAGUGCUUAACUUAGACUAUGAGAAGAAAGUUGUCGUGCUCUACUCUUUUACCAACUGGAGAACCAGCACGGAUACAACAGCAUCCUGGGUGUCUCCUGGGGCUCACGGGGAACACCACGUUCCAGGGACGGACGUCUUCCGAUUUCGUCUGCCGGUGCCACCUUUCAUUUUGCAGCCAGGAAGUGUUCUGGAGUUUGCCAUCUGCUAUCACGUCAAAGGCUCGGAUCACUGGGACAACAACUGUGGGCGCAAUUACAAACUGACUUGUCACUGCUACAAGGUGACUGUUCCAAGGGAAUGUGAGGACAGCAUGCUGCAUUUUACCUGAAUGGCCGCAUGGGGGCGCUAUGACAUUUGCACACGGAUAUACAGCAUUGUCUGGACUACAGCUGCUA